AUGACAGCAGUUAAUAUGAUUGAAGAUAUUCUAGAAAAUGACAAUUUAGUUGUAUAUUUUUCACAUCACUGUAUACGAGAUUUACGAAUAGCAAACAUUUUUGAUAAAAAACAUUCAUUAACACAUGUACAUAAAAUUCGAAAUUUUUUCCAUCAUCUUUUACCAAAAUUAACUUUUGGUGUUAAAGAACUAGUUGAUGAAUGGUCCAGUUUCACUUUUGAUAAAAAAUCAAAUGAUCCUUCUAAUGAUACAGUAAACCUAUCGGAUUGUCUCAUUAAUGGAAUAAUGGAGCAUGAAGAUAACGUACAACAUAUCUCGGUAUCGCGGCGUUAUACCAAUCGUACUUCUGCCAAUGGCACUUAUACCAAUGUAAUUAAACUUUUUCAUGAAAUUACUGACGCCGCUAAUUUCGAACAAGGAAGAUUAUAUCUACCAGCUGAAAAAGAUAUUGAUGUAAAGUUUGAAACACCGGCUACUCAUACUCUUACUAGUGAAAGUGGUAAAGCUGUCGAAAGGUUUUUAUGUGGGUGCGUAAUCGAUGCAAUUUAUCAUCCAGUAACUUAUUCAGACAAAAAAUUACUCAUUAUAGAUACUGUAUAUUUUCUUGAAUCUAUACCAUCUCGAGAAAUCACGGAUGAAUCCAUUAAUGAAUUAUUUGCACCUGAUUUGAAAACUAUUAUAGAUUUAAAACCUAAAGCUGGUGGCGUAGUUAGACGAAACAAAAAACGAAAAUCCAACGUAAAACGAUAUAAGAAGAGAGAAUCGGCAUCAAAUCUACCAAUGGUUAUGAUGAUAGAUGGAAUGAAAAAUUUUGAAAAUACAAUUGAUCGAGAUAAACGUUCAAAACAAUUCUAUUUUACAUCGUUUAUAGAACAACGCUUGAAUUUUUAUAAUGAAUGGAAACAAAAAAAUAAAACACAUAUCAUAUUUAACCAUUAUAUUGGUACUUGGCCUUCCUAUAGUCGAACAAUUGAUUUUGUUUUGCCCACUCAAUACAUAUUAGCUACUACCAGUUUAACAGCCGAUGAAUAUUCUUGUUUAAGUCAUCUUACAUAUCCAUUAUUUCAUGAAAAUUUACCUGUUUGGUAUUCGAUCAAUACAUAUAAAGAUGAAGAAAGACUGUAUCUUCGCUCGAUAUUAUUAUCAUUUAAAGGAAAGGGUUAUUGGGAUGUUUUACAUUAUCGUACUUUUUUUAAACAUUUACAUAAUGGAAAAGAUACGUUAAUAAUUUUCACUGAUGAAGAUGAUAAGAAUAGUAGUAGUAAAGAUUAUGAUUAUAUUGAACUGAUGCAACGAUCAAAUUAUUGCUUAGUUCCAAGUGGCAGACGAUUGAGUUCAUAUCGUUUUUUAGAAGUAUUAAAAUAUUCUUGUAUUCCAAUAAUUAUUAAUCAUGAGUGGAUGUUACCAUUUAGUGAAAUUAUUGAAUGGCAUAAUGUAGCUAUUAUUUUAUCAAAUAACUUUACGCUUAGUCUAUUACCAUUUUAUUUACAAACAACAAUAAGUGAACAUGAACGAGAGAGUCGACGUAAAAUGUGUUAUCAACUCUGGCUCAGAUAUUUUUCGUCAAUUGAUCGAAUUACACGAACAACGUUAGAAAUACUCAACGAUAGAUAUUCAAGUCAAAAACGGCCAAAAUGGUUAUGGAUGACUUAUUAUGGUGCACUAUUUACAGAUAUCGAUUAUGGACUAGGUCGUGAUGGUAAAUGGUCUCGUUAUCCAUUUUAUUAUUCUGACUUAUUGAGCAAGGAUAAGAAAGAGAGAUCAUUUUCGUAUUAUUUUCGAAGUUUAAGGCAAUGUCAAAUAAAUCAUGGACCAGAAUUUAUUUACUGUCAUAAAAAUGGAACAAUGUUAAAAUUCAAGCGAAAAAUGAGUGAUUGUAUUAUUCGAAUGAGUAAUAGUCAACAAAUGAAUGGUACUCAAUUAUGCCAACUAUAUACGAGGUGGUUGAUAGAUCCAGCUAAUGUUAUAUUUACUCCAUCACUGGAUAUUUUAUUUAUUCAUAAAUAUUAUUUGUAUUUGUACAAAACACAAUAUAAAAUGAGAUUACAAUUGAGUGGAAAUUAUACUCAAGAAACAUUUUGGUUGAUCAAUCUUGUUUCACACGUUAUACAAAACAAAGUUUUUAUGCACUACAACAAGCCAUUUAUUUCAAAUUUUACAGAUUUGUUUACUGACCCGGUUGACAAUGUAACACAUAUCUUUGGAUAUGAGCCCGUUAGAACUUACGGUUGUAUCGUGUUCUGA